GGAUGAUUAGUUUUUCUUAAUCUUAGGAAAAAGGAAAAUUUAAAGUUACAGCGUAACGCAGAUUGAUAAAAACUGAAUUUGGAAAAAGAAGAUUCUCUCACCAGUCACAGCUCAGCCUCAAAAAUCACCACUUUGGUUACCAUAAACCUUACUAUAUAAAUACCCAUUUCUUAUGAAUACUUUAAAAGAAGAAAAAAAAUAAAAUAAAAAGAAACACUGGACCUUUCUCUUAUAUCAAUUGAUCCACCAUGGCGUUGAGAUCUUCAGGUAGGAAACUCUCGUUCGAAGUCCUAAACGAAAGUGAAAGCAGCUCUAUUUAUGGGCUUCACUACAAAUCAAAUACGGAUCCGAUUGAUACAGCUGACAAUAAAGUUAAUCGUAAAAAGAAAAAACACAAGAAAAAGAAACAUCAUUCUUCCUCUAUUAUACCUGAAGAGCAUCCGAUCCAUGAAAACAGCUUCUUCCCCGAUUCAAAUUCCAUUCCCAAUACCACCAUUGAAAACGGAAGCCUGUAUUUGGAGAAUAUUACAACAAGCACCAGUAGUUUUAUCGGAGGAGGAGGAGGGAGUGUUGUCUGUACGGUAAGUGAUGUUCCGGAAAUUGCGAGUGUAUUGAGGCAGAGAAAUGUUAGUAAUGGCGGAGGAGGAGGAGGAGGAGAAGAGUUGGCUUCUUCAUCGGAGAAGGCGAAGGAGAGUGGAGUGGAGGUGAAUUCACCGGAGGAGAAGCAAUGGAGGAGUGAGGGCAUUAACGGAUUUCAAAUUCCAAAGUUGGAACCAGCGGAAUCUCUGGAUUGGAAUCGUCUCAUGGCUGCUGUGGAUCCUAAUUUUGAGAAUUCACCAGGGAAGUAUUUUAUGGAGGAGAUGCGUAAAGGAAAUGCAUUAAGGAGCACAACAACUCUUGGCAGUGAGAAAGAAAGGGAGAGAGUUUAUGAUACUAUCUUUCGUUUGCCUUGGAGAUGUGAACUGCUUAUAGAUGUCGGCUUUUUUGUGUGCUUGGAUUCAUUUCUAUCGCUGUUAACUAUCAUGCCAACUAGAAUUCUCAUCACCAUUUGGAGGUUUCUCAAUACAAGGCAGUUCAAGAAGCCUUCUGCAUCAGAGCUCUCUGAUAUUGGUUGCUUUAUAGUGUUGACUUCCGGUGUUGCACUUUUGGAGCACACAGAUAUCAGCUUAAUAUAUCACAUGAUUCGUGGUCAAGGAACAAUCAAACUCUAUGUAGUUUACAAUGUUCUGGAGAUAUUUGAUAAACUAUGCCAAAGUUUUGGUGGGGAUGUGUUGCAGACUCUAUUUAACUCUGCAGAAGGUCUAGCUAGUUGUUCAAAAGAAAAUAUGAGAUUCUGGAUGUGGAGAUUUAUCUCUGAUCAGGCUUUAGCUAUGGCCUUUUCCAUUCUUCAUUCAUUCAUUUUAUUAGCUCAGGCAAUCACUUUGUCGACUUGUAUUGUUGCUCAUAAUAAUGCCUUGAUGGCUUUGCUGGUAUCCAACAACUUUGCUGAGAUAAAAAGUAAUGUCUUCAAACGUUUCAGCAAGGAUAAUAUCCACAGUCUUGUGUAUUCUGAUUCAGUAGAGAGAUUCCACAUUUCAGCAUUUCUCUUAUUUGUCUUGGCUCAAAACAUUCUGGAGGCUGAGGGUCCUUGGUUUGAGAGUUUUCUUUCUAAUGCUCUGAUGGUUUUCUUCUGUGAGAUGUUAAUUGAUAUCAUAAAGCAUUCAUUUCUUGCCAAAUUCAAUGACAUAAGGCCCAUUGCAUACUCUGAAUUUCUUGAAGAGCUUUGCAACCAGACUUUGAAUAUUCAAACCGAGGACAAGAAAAAACAUCUCACUUUCAUUCCUCUGGCACCAGCUUGUGUGGUUAUACGAGUACUAACUCCAGUGUAUGCUGCUCACCUUCCCUAUAGUCCUUUUUCAUGGAGGUUCUUUUGGAUCCUCCUCUUGUCUGCCAUGACCUACGUAAUGCUAACAAGUUUAAAGGUGAUGAUUGGCAUGGGACUACAAAAGCAUGCGACCUGGUAUGUGAAUAGGUGCCGAAAGAGAAAAAAUCAUCUUCACAGUGACUAAUGGUACAAAUAGCAAAAGCAGAAUCACUUCAUAAACAUCCGGCAUUGUUCAUCUUGCUUCUGAAGAUCAUUUUCAGCUGGAGGAAACCUCAGCUCGGAACAUCUGCAAGAAGUCUUUCUCCUGCAGUUGGACAUGUAACGAAGUGCAAAACAUCUUCGGACUGCUUAAGCUAGAGGUACUGACUGUCUAGCCCGUUAAUUGAGUUCCGUGGGGGGUUUUCCCUGCAAUUUUGUUACAAAGAAAGAUCAUUUUGUUAUUGAUACAGAGGGUACAAUGAUUAACCUAAAUCUACGAUGUAUAGUUCUCUUCUCCAAAUGCUUAUAAGGUAAAAAUCAUUUUGUUCAGAUGUAUGGGACAAAAAAGAAAAGGAUAGUUACUCAGUUUUAUGUUUAUACGGAAAAUUAUGCUUGCAAUGA